AGUCAGUCGGCAGGAGCCGUGGAAGUAUCCCAGCAGCCAGAGCCCAGGGGCGGCCGGUGGGAGGAGGCAGAGAGUCCGCAGCUGCCGCACCACACAGCAGCUUUGACAGCCGCGAGAGGAAGGAGCCGCCCGCACCCACUCAUGUCUACGGAGCUGUCUGAAGAGCGAGACCUGGACGGGUUGGGAGAGCAGGCGCCAGACGCACAGAGCAGACUGACGGACAUCAGCGGCGGCGCGGCGGGCAGCAGCAGCAGCAGCAGCAGCAUGGCGUCCAUACCGGAGUACUACGCCGGCAAGAACGUGCUGAUCACGGGAGCCACGGGCUUCAUGGGGAAGGUGCUGGUGGAGAAGCUGCUGAGGUCCUGCCCCGAGGUCAGAGCCCUCUACCUGCUGGUCAGACCCAAGGCCGGCCAGUCCAUGCAGCAGAGGGUCAGCGACAUGAUGACCUGCAAGCUUUUCGACCGCGUGCGGGAGGACAACCCCGACUUCCACCAGAAGAUCAUCCCCAUCAGCAGCGAGCUGACGCAGCCGGGCCUCGCCAUCAGCCCCGAGGACGUCGAGAAGCUCUCCGCCUGCAUCCACGUCGUCUUCCACUGCGCCGCCACCAUCCGCUUCGACGAGCCGCUCAAACACGCCCUGCAGCUGAAUGUGAUUGCCACGCAGCAGCUCCUCAGCCUGGCCCAGCAGAUGCACCACCUCGAGGCCUUCGUUCACAUCUCCACCGCCUAUGCAAACUGCAACCGCAAGUACAUCGACGAGGUCAUCUACGCGCCGCCCGUCGAGCCCAAGAAACUCAUCGAGUCUCUUGAGUGGAUGGAUGACGGCAUGGUGCGUGACAUCACGCCGCGGCUCAUCAGCGACCGGCCCAACACCUACACCUACACCAAAGCCCUGGCGGAGUACGUGGUGCAGCAGGAGCAGGACAAGCUCAACAUCGCCAUCAUCAGACCCUCCAUAGUGGGAGCCAGCUGGCAGCAGCCCUUCCCCGGUUGGAUCGACAACUUCAACGGGCCGAGUGGCGUCUUUAUAGCUGCUGGGAAAGGCAUCCUGCGGACCAUGAGAGCGAACAACGACGCCGUGGCCGACCUGAUCCCCGUCGACGUGGUGGUCAACCUCACGCUGGCUGCUGGCUGGUACACCGCCGUGCACAGAAGGAAAACAGAAAAACAGAAAAAUGAAAGACCUAAAACAGCUCUGGUGUACAACUGCACGACCGGCGGCAUCAACCCGUUCCACUGGGGAGAGAUCGAGCACCAUGUGAUGUCGUCCUUCAAGAGGAACCCUCUGGAUCAGGCUUUCCGCAGGCCCAACGCCAACAUCACCUCCAACUACCUGAUCAACCAGUACUGGAUCCUGGUCAGCCACAAGUUCCCCGCCCUCAUCUACGACCUCGUCCUGCGUCUCUCCGGACAGAAGCCGCAGAUGAUGCGCAUCUUCAAUCGGCUGCAUAAAGCCAUCGGCCUGCUGGAGUACUUCAGCAGUCAGGACUGGGAGUGGAACUCUGAGAACAUGAACAUGCUGAUGGGCCAGCUGACCCCAGAGGACAGGAAGACAUUUAACUUCGAUGUGCGCCAGCUGAACUGGCCCGAGUACAUCGAGAAUUACUGUAUCGGCACCAAGAAGUACGUCCUGAAUGAAGACAUGUCUGACAUUCCUGCUGCCAGGCAGCAUCUGAGGAAACUGAGGAACAUCCGCUACACCUUCAACACUCUGUUGGUCGUUUUUAUCUGGAGGGUGUUCAUCGCGCGCUCCCAGAUGGCCAGAAACAUCUGGUACUUUGUGGUCAGCCUCUGUUUCAAGUUCCUCUCCUACUUCCGCGCAUCCAGCACCAUAACCAACUGAGUCUUCCCCGUAACGCCUCCGAAAACCAGAGACAGCGGCCCUCGCCUCUGGCUGUCAGCAGGACGUAACACCGAGACUCUGACCGUCCACAGAGGACUCUCUGUCUCCUCCUUUUGGUGUGGAUUAGCUGGGGGCUCUCUACAGGUGGGAGGCUGCAGCUGAGUGAAGCGCUCAAAAGGGAGAAAAGAGGUCUACUAGCCAUGAAUUAUUUGUUUAGUUUGGAAAUCUGUCAUCAGUACCUGCACUAUUCAGUCACCAUCCCGUCCAAAAAACAAACAAAAAAAGUGUUGUCAUUCAUUUUGUACCUACCGUUUUCUUCUUAAAGUGGCCAAUAUAUGCAACAAAAAGCCUUUUGUGUGACUUCCAUUCUCUUUCCCUCAUCACUGUUUCCAUCCUCUUGAAUCUGGGUACAUUGCCUUGCCUUGUGAUGAUUUUUUUUCAUACUUGAAAUAUGGCAGUGCUUCACUGGAGGACGAUUUCUAUAAGAUUAUUUUGUUUUUUACUGUGGGGAUAUCCAAUUCUUCUCUUUAAUAUGCAGGUGAUUUGGAUAUCUGUAUGUCUUGCAUUACGUGUAUCUACUGCCUUUUUAAGAAUACAUUCAAAAACUAACUGGUGGUCAUCGUGUCUCAAGGCCAGUCCACAGAUUGAGACUAGUAUUUAAAACUAAGACAACAGUAUCGCUACGGAAACAGAAACAGACAGAUCUGCCAUCUCUCCUGCUGUCGACGUUGUCACUUAUUUACUAUCACAAACGAUAAUGUCUUUGAACACAUAAAACCUUGUUUGUUUGAAUGCUCAUCCACUUUUUGCCUGUUUGUACAGCAGUUUGUACUGAAACUAAGUUUACUACUUUUACAUCUUUAUACUUGCGUCUGAGGCUAGUCUGAUAUAUGUGGUAGACCUUGGCAGUGUAUUAUAUAUAAAUAAGAGUACAUCAGAGUCGAGUUUAUUUGUAUAGCCCAGUAUCACAUACUGUACAGUGUCUCCCAACAGUUUCCUAAGUUUUCUGAGAGGACAAACUCCCCCUAGAACCCCCAAUCCUCAGGCGGCUCGGGGUGAAAAGAGAGCACAAAGAAAAAAAUGACAAAUUAGCAUUAACCCUUGUGUUGUCUUAAGGGUCAAAAAUGAUCCACCUUCACUAAACAACUUUAAUUAAACAGCUUGAUUGAAUUUUAAAUCCCAAAUCUACUUUGCCUGAAAAAAAUUACCUGUUAUUCAUCACAAACUUUGUGAAUAUCAAGGUUUUCCUCUUACAGUGCUGAAAAACUGGAUUUAUGGAUGGAUCGUUUUUUUUAUGACACACCUGUCAUAAUUGGUUUUACUAAAGUUUGGGUUUAUUUUUUAUUAGUUUUAUUGCUAAAGGUACUGCAUAGGUGUAAACAUUUUUUAGCAAGCCUGUGUGCAUGCAUGGUUUUUAUGUUUUUUGUGGUACGAAAAAGAUUUUUUAGCUGCCGGGUUAAAAAAAAGACCCCUAAGACAAGAUUUGUACCCUGUUGGUGUACAGGUUUCAUGAAAAAAAUAUGAACAAAGGCAAUGUUUUACUUUUUCUCAUGUUGGGGUCAUUCUAUGAAAAGUCAUUGAAUUUCAGGCUGAGAAAAGAUCAUUAAGGGGGUUUCCUCUGCUGUUAAACAUAGUGGUGGUUCAUUUUUAACCCCCUAAGACAACACAAGGGUUAAGUUGUAAUAAUUGGAAAUGCAAAAUCCAACAUUGGGAUUCCAAAAGGUCCAAUGCAAAUUUUUAAAAUCAAAAUUAAAAACUCCACGGAAUGGGUCCAGUCCAGUAUUAGUUAUGUCCAAGAUUGUAGGUACAUGAGGUUGGGGGACCAAGCUUGGAGAAGGCAGCUGAGUUGAGUAGAAGCUCAGGUCACUAUGGAGGAUGGAGGAUCUAGCUCAAAUUUGUGCCUCUUGGGUAUUAGUGUUACAUUUGAGCCACAGUGGUAACCAUCCAGGGGAUCGAAGAAGACUUCUUGAACCAUCUGGAUGGAAAAAACAUACCCCAUAAGAUUUGAAACCCAAGUUUAAACUCAGAGACAACAGCAUGCCAAUCCCCUUGAUAAGCUGUGCUAAUACCUCAGGCACUAACUUGAGCUAGAGAAUACCCAGCAGCAGGCCAGUAGGGCACCCAGCAAAAUGCAUCUUAAAGAAAUAUAAGAACUUAAAGUAUAUGUUGAGUGAAGAUGGAAGCACUGUUGACUGAAGAUUUCUUCUAGUACUUGAGGCAGGCCUCUGGAUACUGAAGAGGUCAUGAGGUUUGAGAAAAAUCAUCUAUUUAUAUGUUAGGGAAGACCAUAAAAAUGGCCCUAGUGUGAAUAAGAAGCAGCAAAGCAGCGAGGUUACUGUGUUAGAAGCUGGAGAUUUUCCAGUGAAACCAGAAAAAGAGCAUGUCAGCUUUAUCUAUAUGUAAAAGCAAGAUCUUUUUGACAGCUGGGACAGGACAGGGCAUGGAGCAAUCAUUGCAAUAUAGAGUUGAGUGUCAUCUGCAUAAGGGCGAAUAUUUAUGCUGAAAACUCUGCCGAACAGAAGGAUAUUAUGAAAAGUAGAGGACCAAGUGCAGAGCCCUGAAGUUCGCCGAACCCUACCCAAUGGGGAGAUGGACAAACUGUGACCUUUAUGUUAGUCUGGACCUAAAUCACAAAAGUGCUAGGUUAGAAACUAGGGACUUAAGCCCCUUCUGGUAUUGCAUCCUUGACCCCCCAGUUUGGAAGAUCUGUAAAUAGUUGAACUACAUAUUAUUCUUAUAGACUACCAAAAAUUGUAUUUGACUGUUGAUCUUUGCUUGGUGAGUGUCUUCACAGGAUUCCACCACAGAGCUUCCCACAGAGUCUACCAAAAGUGUUAAGUGAGACAGGCAAGUCAGAUUUUUACUAAACAAAUGAGAACACUGUGUACAGUAUUGUAUGUGUUGCAAGGCUUGACUCUUGACAGGAUACAAAUACAUAACAGUUAUGAGCCUAUAUGGGAGAAAAAGGGACACAACUAAAUAAAUGUUUAUGCAAAGCCCAUGUCUGUGGUGUAAUCAUGGUAACUGUCCUCUUCAUUUCAGAGGGGGAUAAUGAACCAAAUUGUCUUCAGUCGUAUGAGACUUGUACGAUGAAGUGGUUUCGUCAGAAUUGUUCUUACAGACUUUAUUGUAAUGGUGUCGUUACAGAGUUUUGUGUGUUUCUCAACAAAGUGCUGUCUUUGCUGUUUGCAUACCAAAUUCAGAGCUCUGUUGGUACAGAUAAACCCCAGGCUGGAGCUACGUACGUUACUGUAUGUAACAAAACAACAACCACACGUAACCAAUGACUUCAUCUUCUACUUUCUGGUGUCAUUUACAAAAUGUUUGACCACCUUUAUUCCUUGCUCUGACAACACUUCAUUCAAAGUCUGCUUGGCAAAACUGAAAUAAACUAGAAGAGAAAAAGUG